AUGACCGCAACCUGCUCUCCGAUUUUCAAGUUGUUGAGAAAAGAUCAAGUUGUGGUAUGGAAUGAAGGCUGUCAAUUUGCUUUUGAUAAGAUCCAAGAAUAUUUGCAAGAGCCUCCCAUCCUGCUUCCACAUGUUGAGGGUAGACCUUUGAUAAAUUAUCUUACCGUGCUCGAUGAAUCCAUGGGUUACAUUCUUGGUCAACAAGAUGAGACAGGUAAGAAGGAGCAUGCCAUUUACUAUUUGAGCAAGAAAUUCAUAGACUAUGAGACAAGGUACUCGAUGCUUGAGAAAAUCUGUUGUGCACUAGCAUGGGCUGCUAAGCGCCUCCUCCAAUACAUGUAUAUCUUUGAGAAACCUACCCUAAAUGGCUGGAUUUCUCGUUCGCAAAUGCGAUUAUCUGAAUACGAUAUUGAGUAUCACACACAAAAAGCUAUCAAAGGAAGUGUCCUCCAUGAUUAUUUGGCACAUCAGCCUGUUGAGGAUCCUCAAUUUGUGCAGUUUGACUUUCCUGAUGAAGACGUCAUGGCUUUGAGAAUGAAGGACAAUGAUGAGCCACCUAUUGAAGAAGCAAGGGUGGAUUUUGAUUGCACUAACAACAUCGUAGAGUACGAGGCAUGCAUCCUUGGUUUGGAAGAGACUAUUGAUAUGCGUAUCAAAUUUCUUGAAGUGUUCAGUGACUCAGCUCUUGUCAUCAAUCAGAUUAAAGGAGAGUGGGAAACUCGUCGUCUGGGUUUGAUCCCAUACAGAGAUUAUGCCAGAAGAUUGUCUACUUUCUUUACUAAAGUAGAAUUCCAUCACAUCCCUCAAGACGAGAACUAG